AUGCAAGAAAACACUCAAGAAACUAUUGUAAGAAAAGAAUCAAAUGAUGAAAAUCCCUUAGUUUUUUUAUUACCUAUUAUACUCGGAUUAGCUCUAUUUGUUUUAAUAGGAGGGACUUAUUUAACAUUUAAAAUAUUUAAAUAUCCAGACAAUAACCCUGAUGAAGAGGAAUCUCUCUGCGAUAAUCAAAGUUUAGAUGGCCAUCAAUUAGUUAGUAUUGAAGAAAAUAUAUUUCAAGAUGGUGAUGACAAAUUUUCAAUAAAAAGUGAUAAUAUAAUUAACAAUAGUUUAGACCAAGACCCCCAUAUUCAAAUAAAUAUAGACUAA